UCAAUUUUAAAACAUAGUAUACUAUGUGAGUUAUCGGACUCAUUCCAAAAAUUUUACUUUAAUUUGUAAUUAUAAAAAAAAAUAAAUUUUCUCUUUUCUUGCAAAUUGUAUUCCACAAUGCAAAGGAAUCUGAUAUCAAAAUUGCGUCCUCUUUUGCGCCAAGUCAAUGGAUGUUACUCUAUUGCAUCGCCGCUCCUGCCGAGUCGUUCCAUUCAAAUGUCUCCGGUGAAGAUGAGUGGGAGAACUGGUGCUAAGAUAACGCCCAAGAUGGCCAAAUUGCAAAAGCAAUAUCAAGAAGACAAUGGAAAACCUGUUUUCCUCAAGGGCGGGGUCAUGGACAAUGUUCUAUUCAUGUCGACCCUUGUGCUUUGCGUCGUAGGCCUUGUGGGCGAUUUUAUUCUAUGGUUUAGCUAUAUAUUGGCCUGAUCUAAGAUCGUGUUUAAUUCUAAUCAUAUUAACCACACAAACAACGUUUACGAAACUCAACAUGUGGUAAUGUUACUAUUUAGACAAUUUUGUUCAAAUUUUCAUAUCAUUACAAUUAGCACUAAGGCUGCAGCAUUUCAUUCAACAUAAAUAAAACCUACAUUAGCAUUAAA